AUGCCGGUGACGGCCGACGCUGCGCCGGACCACACGUCCGGCUCGCGCACGCUCGACGACGCGGAGGAUGUGUGGAAUCACAAUGCAUGGGACCACGUAGAGCCCCCGCCCGAGCACCUCGCGAUGGUCGACGAGCUCCUGGCGAAGCAGGCGGAAGCGCGCGUGAGCGACGCGGACGCGGACGUAUACCACAGCAAUGCGGCAGGGUACUGGGACACGUUUUACUCGCGGCAUGAGAACCGCUUCUUCAAGGACCGCAAGUGGCUCCACCUCGAGUUUCCGGAGCUGAUGGCGGCGACCAAGGCGGACGCACCGCCCACAACGAUCCUGGAAGUGGGGUGCGGCGCGGGCAACACCGUGUUUCCGCUGCUCGAGGCGAACAAAAAUCCGGGCUUGCGUCUGAUUGCGUGCGACUAUGCGGCGCAGGCCGUCGAGGUGAUCAAGUCGAAUCCGCUGUACAGCGCGCCGCCGACCGGCGCGUGCGAGGCGUACGUCUGGGACCUGAGCGCAGGCAGCAAUGCGCCGUCGUUUGAUGCGUCGCGCCUGCCGCCUGGCGUGCAGCCCGGCACGGUGGAUAUUGUCGUGCUGGUCUUUGUCCUUUCCGCGCUGCACCCCCGCGAGUGGGCCGCGGCGGCAGAGAACGUGUACCAGAUGCUGAAGCCGAAGUCGGGCAUCGUGCUGCUGCGUGACUAUGGGCGGCACGACCUGCCGCAGCUGCGCUUCAAAAAGAACCGCUUGCUGGACGAUAACUUUUACGUACGUGGCGACGGGACGCGUGUCUACUUUUUCGACCCCCACGAGCUGUACACCAUCUUUGGCGCGACGCCGCGCGACGUGCAAGAGAGCAUUGUCCAGGACGACCCCGGUCCCCCCGCCCCCCCGUCCGACAUGCGCUUUUCCACGCUGCAAAUGGCCGUCGACCGCCGCCUGCUGGUGAACCGUAAAGAGCGCAAGCGCAUGUACCGCGUGUGGAUGCAAGCCAAGUUCCAAAAGCAAUAG